GGGGUGUUUCUGUGUCUCUGAGCGCCCGUAUAUAACCAGAGAAGUCUAUGGAGCUUCCUCAUGUCUCAUGUGGGCCUGACUGACUGACGAGGACGGAUAAAGUGCAGCACAGAUCACAUCAUAUCUCCUGCUUCCCCUUAGGAUUCAACUCUACUACUACCGCCAAGACUAAUCUACAUCUACAGUCUCAGCUGCAGCUGCGUCUAUAGCAAGUCAACCUGCAGAGGGAAAAACACUCAUAGUUGGUAAACACUAUCUACUCCAACCAUCCAUACAUACAUCCAUACAUUCAUCAUCCUGCCUUGCUGCUGUGUGUCUCAGUGGUUCCAGUAGUAAGCCAUGUGUGUGGCGCGGUGCUCACGUUGUUUGGGCUGGACCCUCGUUCCCAUGGCGACCAUUUGCAUGGUGGCCAACCUGCUGCUGCUGUUCCCGGACCUGAAGACCAAGUACCUGGUGGAGAGUCACCUGACCUCAGAGGCACGCUGGGCAACGGGAGUCUGGGCCUCCGGAGUAGUGAUCCUUGUGGCUGCCCGAGCGUUCAUCUCCAGUGGAAACAAGACGGGCUGCUGUGGAUUCCGGGCAGCGAUGGUGUGCCAGGCGGGCUACACCUGCGUUGCCGUGGCAGCAGCGGGGUUCUGUUUCCUCACCUGUGGCAAGGGGCUGGUGCAGGGGCCCCUUUGCCUCUACAACAGUACCCGGGGACCCACCUGGGGGACGCCAUUUUUCCCUGAUAACAGUAAGAGACUCUACGUCUACGAUCCGGAGCGCUGGGAUUCCGCCUGCAUUGAGCCACGGAAUGUUGUGUUGUGGAAUGUGUCCCUCUUCACCGUUCUCAUGACGAUCAGCGGCAUUCAAGCCAUCCUCUGCACCGUCAACAUCAUCAACUCUCUACUGGGCAUGCUCUGUGGACCUGGUUUCGGCAUAAACAAGGUCACACCAGCAUGAGGCAGCCCAGAGCAAGCGUUCCCACAGCAGUGAUCUCACAUCCUCCUCCCACUCCUGAGAAUAUUGCAUAUCCUCUCGUGACCAUGACUUCAUGGUAUUUUGAUAUUUUUAUCAGGUCUUCACAGGGAGCCGUAGCAUCUGAAGCCUCUUCUAGAUAAGCUUGUUGUAGUGUGUAAGAAUGUACUGUAUAGGACACAGAGUAAGGUUAUUGCUGUAAAGAAAAUAUUUACUAUUUUUCAUGUGUGGCUUGUUACGUGUGUCUGUCAGUAUGUACAGU